AGUCGAGCUAGCAGAACUACUCGCUACACCCACACAGCUAAGCUAAAGAGUGAAGACCAAGUAUUCUAGCAGUACUUGACAAUGGCGAGCAAGCAGCUCCGGGCUGUCCUCCUCGCCGCCUACGCCGCGGUCCUGGCCCUCGCUGGCGACCCCGACAUGCUCCAGGACCUUUGCGUCGCCGACUACAAAUCACUCGACGGCCCGCUGCGGCUGAACGGGUACCCGUGUAAGAGGCCGGAGAGCACGACGGCGAACGACUUCUUCUCCGACGUGCUGUCCGUCCCUGGCAACACGGGCGGCAACCCGUCAGGCUCCGUGGUAACGGCGGCGACCGUGGACAAGGUCCCGGGGCUCAACACCAUGGGCGUGUCCAUGUCUCGCAUUGACUACGCACCAUGGGGCGCGAACCCGCCGCACACCCACCCGGGGGCCAGCGAGCUCCUCCUCGUCCUCGAGGGCUCCCUCGACGUUGGAUUCAUCACCACCACCGGCAAGUUUGUCGGUCGCACCGUCUGCAAAGGGGAAAUGUUUGUCUUCCCACGCGGCCUCGUCCACUUUCAGAGGAACAACAACGGUUCUCCCGCCGCCGCCAUAUCGGCCUUCAACAGCCAGCUUCCGGGCACGCAGAAGUGGGCUGAGGCAUUGUACACUGCCUUGCCGCCGGUUCCAGCCGACGUGCUAGCCAGGGCGCUCGAUGUCAACGACUGCAUGGUCGAGCCGUGCGUAAUAUAAUCAACUAUUAAUGUCCAUGCCCAGCACUUGAAUUUACUCGACACCUUUUGUAUACUUUAUUUAUGAUGUUUAUGCCAAUUUUUGUCAUUUCGCUGUUUACUGUUGCUUUUUCCUUAUGGCCUGCUGGUGAUAUAUAUGUAUGCAUGGUUUUGGUUUAUAUAUAUGUACUACCCCAGAUUU